ACCGGAAGCGGUACACACGUGCUGUGUUGGAGAUUUGAAGGUUAAAGAAGAAGCAGCGGGUUGGUUUCUUGUCGGCUAUCCGCUGGAGAGAGUCAGGACGGCGUGUUUGCAGUCAGAGCCGGGAGUAAGCCACACUGAAGCGGAGACAUGGAUCCCAUGAAGGCACAGCAGCUGGCGGCGGAGCUGGAGGUGGAAAUGAUGGCAGACAUGUACAACCGAAUGACCAACGCCUGCCACAGGAAGUGUGUACCGCCACAUUACAAGGAGGCUGAGCUGACAAAGGGCGAGUCGGUGUGCCUGGACCGCUGCGUGGCCAAAUACCUGGACCUUCACGAGAGGCUGGGACGCAAGCUGACAGAGCUCUCCGUCCAGGAUGAGGAAGUGAUGAGGAAGGCAGCUGUAGGGAGCGGAUAGAGACGCUGAUGAAGGGAACGAAGUGGAGCAUUGUGGGGGAUUACAAGGUUAUGGGACGGGGUCGGCAUGUCUGGUUUCUCUAAGAUGCGAGACUUGUGUUUUUAAUGAGCGGGUGGGUUUGUUGGGGAAAAUAAAAAGUUGAGUUAAUGCUGUUGAGGUUCCACUGAGGGACACUGCUUCCUCUGCUGCAGCAGAGGACGAGACGUAGGACGGGGCUGGGGGGGAUCACCAGAGCACCUAGUGGAGGGACAGCACGAGGACAACUUCCAGCCUCUCCGGAUGUGCCAGAUUAUUUUUUCCAUUCAGCUUGGCCUGGUCCUCAAGAAGUCACCUGAAACUCGACUGGAAACGGACAUCUAAUGUUAUUUUAAAGUCAAACUGUGUGAUUGUUUUCAGCUGCUUGGAGUGCAAGAACGAAAGAAAUACUUUAAAGCGUCAUGCUUCCAACCGUCUGGUACUUAGGGCAGGUUAAAACAAACACUAAGAAUGAUUUGCAUUUAUUCUUUGCUCCCUUUGAUUUGUUGGGUUUUUUUUGGGCCCUCCUACGUAAGGUUGCAACACAACAUAAAGUUCAUGUAGAGAAGUUGUCUGUCAUGCAGACAAAGUAGUGUCAGAUCUGUAUAAAACCUUGAAAUCCAGUCAAUCAAAUGUAUCGGGGUAUGCACUGAAUUAUGUAUAGCAGUAUUAUACAGGAUACUAUGCAUAGUUUACUCUUUUUCAGCCCUGGACGAUGCCGCGGUGGCUUCUGUCUGUAACCGCUCGGAUACAGACUGCCCGCCAGGCCACUCUGGUUACAUGAUGGACCUGUGUUGAAGAUGGACUGAACUUUGCUCAUUUGUCGUGUGUAUGUAGACUGUUGUGCAGUAUGUCAGUGGACCAUGUUUGUUUUUUUUUGACUGUGAAACUUAUUUUUUUUUUUCUGUGCUAACCACUGUGUCAGCUUUUUACCUGCAUAUUGGAGAAGCUGCACAGUGUUUCAUUGUUCUAAAUCACUAAUAAAACAUCCUUAUUUUAACAUCA